AUGGGUUCUAUUCAAGACAACCAAAACCAACAAGGAAUCCUCGAUAGCCUCGAUGCCCGCACGGCCAUCGAUGGCUUCAUCCGAGGUCUCCCCGCAGAGGCCAACAUCCUCCUCGUGGGCUGUGAAGCAUCGGUUCCCCUCGCUGUGAAGCUCACUGAAGCUGGCCAUCAUGUCUGUGGAAUUGAUAUCUCGAAGCCUAGCAACAGAGAUGCAAUGCUCGGGGAUCAGUUCUUCCAAACAGCCGAUAUGAGAGAUUACUCGACCGGCAACUUGGACGCCAUCGUGGCGGUCUUCUCCACGUAUCAUCUCACAGGCGCCCAGACAUAUUCGCAAUUGUUCAAAUUCUCCGAGUGGCUCAAACCCGGCGGCCGGAUUCUCCUUGGUACCUCGGUAAUCGACAGUUUGAGCCUGAACGGCUGCCACGACUGUGUUGAUGAGCGCGUACGCUGCUAUCCCGUCCAGUGCCUGGGGAAGCAGAUGGUCGCGGCCACAAUCCUGUCCAAAAAGGGCUGGGCUGGCAUGGCUAGUAAUGCAGGCUUGUCUGUUGAAAAGGAGGUGGAUGUCGUCCUGGGACAAAGUGAGCGUCAUUAUUUCGUGACUUUCUGCAGGACGGAGCAGAAACACCCCCUCAUGGGGCCCUAUCCCCUUCCCCAGUCGUAUCGGGGCCCUCACCGUCUGAGCGAGGCGGCCUGGCAUCCUUUUGCUUCCCGCCUGGUGCGCGAUGAGUUUGAUUUCGUCCUUGACGUGCUCAAGCAUAACCAGAAAGUAUUGGAUGUCGGUAGCGGAUAUGGAAAACUGCCCAAAGAAGUCGCCGCUCGCACCGGCAAAGCAUACUCGAUCGAGCCCAAUCCCGAUCGAAAUUCGAUCCAAGCCACCAACGCCGAAAAUGCGGGCAUUGAGCUCGCACAAGGAACUGCGGAGAACAUCCCCUUCCCGGACUCAACCUUUGACGCAGUCGUAGCAAUGUGGGUGCUGCACUACGUCGAUGAUCUUGAGAAAUCCCUGCACGAGAUGGCCCGAGUCGCCGAUCGCUCCGCGCCCAACGCCCGCCUGGUGGUCGUCCAAGGCGCCCCGGACAACGAAAUCAUCCAUCUGAUGAACACGGUGUGCCCGCCCAUCAGUGCAACGAAUGGCCGUCCCAACCAUCAGGGAUAUCUCCUUUCGACGGCAGCAGAGAUAUUCACCAAGUGUGGGUUCGAGGAUGUUUCCGUCCAUCGGGUCGAUGCGUUUUGUGAAUUCCGCGACGAGGAUCUGGAAGAAAGAUGCGACAAGGCGGCCGAAGUCGUGGCGGGGCUGUGGUGCUUGGAUGACGCCAAAUUUGAUGACAUGAAGCAGGCUCUUGUUCCGCGGCUGCGGUUCCAUUUCCUGGACCGGCAGUAUGCGGUGGGCGAUCAGGCGGUUGUCCUGGUGGCCAAGCCUCUGUAG